AUGUUUACAAGAUCACUGAGAAACUACGGCAAAAUUAUUUUCAGAAGGUUUCAACACUCAAGUCAUGCACCAGCUAGCGAAUCCGUUCCAUUUUCCAACAAAUUCGGUUUUGACUUGAGCCCACCACCGAUUCACGAAUACUGGAAUAUCCACAACUCGACCAUACUCUUUGCAUUUGUUCCAGUUUUUCUUGGAAUUGCAUACUUUGCUAAAUAUGUUGGUAAAACAGUUGAUGCAAAUGCUGCCUAUUUAGGCUAUGCUGACUCCGAAGCAUCACCAGUUAGCAAAAUCCCAUUUGGACAAUCUCAAGCAGUACCUGCCAAAGAAGAAUAA